UUUAAAGGAAAAUCCAACAUAAAUCGCAUACUGCUGAAGCUAAAAGUCUGCGGGAAUCUCUCCCUGGUGAAGAAGCCUUUCAACCUGCUCUCUUUGGUGGUGUGUAGGAGGGAUAUCCAGUAACUCUUCAAUCAAUGGCUGAUCCUGAACUAGAAGCAAUUAGACAAAGAAGGAUGCAAGAGCUAAUGGCUCGACAAGGGACGGGGAGUCAACAAAACCCUGAGCAACAGAAAGCUCAGGAAGAGGCCAAGAGGGAGGCCGAUGAACGGAGGCAAAUGAUGCUUAGUCAGAUUUUGUCCAGUGAAGCUCGCGAAAGACUUGCUAGAAUUGCCUUGGUAAAACCUGAGAAGGCUAGGGGUGUGGAGGAUGUUCUACUUAGAGCUGCUCAGACAGGUCAGAUAGUUGAGAAGGUUUCCGAGGAGAGACUUAUAUCACUGCUGGAACAGAUAAACACCCAAACAACUAAACGGACCAAAGUCACGAUCCAGAGGCGCCGGAGCGUUCUUGAUGACGAUGACUAGUUCAAACUCUAAAUGUGAAAUCUUCUGCUUCAUUCGUAGACCCCAUUUUCAAUGGAUUUGUAUUUUCAAACUGUAUUUACUUUGCAAGCCGUAUUAAUGCUAUCCUGAGCAAUAAAGCUGGUGUGUAAGUUGAAAUAUUAUUGAGGCUGA